AUGUCUUCUACCGUCCACGUCGAGAACAUCAGCACGAAGACGUCUGAGGACGAGAUCAAGUCCUUCUUCAGCUUCUGUGGAAAGAUUCAGGACAUUUCCGUCAAGUCCACUGGCAAUGACACACAGUCUGCGUCGGUCACCUUUGAGAAGGCGGCUGCCGCCAAGACGGCGCUCCUUCUUGACAGCACACAACUAGGCCCCAACUCGGUCCACGUCAAGUCUGCUAGCGGCGACUCUACAACCGAGAAGUCGACAGCAGACGAGACCCACGAGGGUGACCACAUCUCGCAGGAGCAGAAGCCCCGUGCUCGCAUUGUAGCCGAGUACCUCGCCCACGGUUAUGCCAUCUCUGACAAGGCCAUCGAGAGCGCCCUUGCUGCCGAUAAGCAGCACGGCUACAGCACCAAGUUCCUCCAGACCCUGCAGAACAUCGACUCCAAGACUCAGGCUUCGCAAAAGGCACAGGCUGUCGACCAGAAGCUUGGUCUCUCCAACAAGGCAUUGGGUGCCUGGGCUGGCCUCACCAGCUACUUCGACAAGGCGCAGGGCACACCUACUGGCCAGAAGCUUAGGGCCUUCUACGAUCAGGGCAACAAGACCGUCAUGGAUGUGCACAACGAGGCUCGUCACUUGGCUGACCUGAAGAAGGGCAGUCAGAGCGGCAGCGAGGGCAAGCCUUCCAAGGAGGAGGCUGAUGUCCACAGUGUCGGCGACGGCAAGACCCAGUGCAACUGUGGCUCCGUGUCUGGCAAGUGCCCCUGCCCUGAGGGUCAGUGUGCAUGCUCCGGAUGUGCGAAGGCUGAGGACGGUGGCAAGCCCAGCGUUGAGGAGGCCAACGUGCACGAAGUCGGUAACGGCAAGACCCAGUGCAACUGUGGCUCCGUAUCUGGCAAGUGCCCAUGCCCUGAAGGCCAGUGCGCUUGCGCCGGUUGCGCUAAGGAUACCACCAAGAACGAGAAGAGCGGUGAUGCCAGCUACGCCGCUGCUGCCGAUCCCAAGCAGUAG